AUACGCAGCCAUACCUAUAUAUACAAGCUUUCCCCGUCGCCGCCGCCGCCGCCAACACCAACCAACUGCGGCUUGAGACGUCGCGCGCGACAUGGAGAAGAACACCACCGCCAUGGGGCAAUUGAUGAGCUCCUCCGCGACGACGGCGGCGACGGCGACGGGGCCGGCGUCGCCGAAGCGGCCGGCGGGGCGGACCAAGUUCCAGGAGACGAGGCACCCGGUGUUCCGCGGGGUGCGGCGGCGCGGGCGCGCGGGGCGGUGGGUGUGCGAGGUGCGCGUCCCGGGCAGCCGCGGCGACCGCCUGUGGGUCGGCACGUUCGACACCGCCGAGGAGGCCGCGCGCGCGCACGACGCCGCCAUGCUCGCCCUGUGCGGGGCCUCCGCCAGCCUCAACUUCGCCGACUCCGCCUGGCUGCUCCACGUCCCCCGCGCCCCCGUCGCCUCCGGCCAUGACCAGCUGCCCGACGUGCAGCGCGCCGCCAGCGAGGCCGUCGCCGAGUUCCAGCGCCGGGGAAGUACUGCCGCCACUGCCACCGCCACCUCCGGCGACGCCGCAUCCACCGCUCCUCCGUCGUCGUCGCCCGUUCUGUCACCCAACGACGACAAUGCCUCGUCGGCGUCCACUCCUGCGGUGGCGGCGGCGUUGGACCACGGCGACAUGUUCGGUGGCAUGCGCACCGAUCUGUACUUCGCGAGCUUGGCGCAGGGUCUGCUCAUCGAGCCGCCGCCGCCGCCGACCACCGCUGAGGGUUUCUGCGACGACGAAGGAUGCGGCGGCGCUGAAAUGGAGCUGUGGAGCUAGCAUCAAAUUAACCAAACAAUCUUCACUAGCUUGUUGGAUGUAGUAGUAGCAGUUCUAGCUAGCACAAGUGCAGAACACAAAAGGAUCGUUUGUGUUGUGCCUGCGAAAAAUUCCCCAAGGAAAUAUUUGUAUGCAUUUCAUUUAAUUUGCAUGGUUACAAAUUCCUACACAUUCUAUUUGCUCGAAUACAUUAUAAAAUCUAUGAAUUGUCAAAA